GGGAGAGCUGUGCACCCCAGGCAGCAGCCCCUGUGUGCGACACGCACACCCCCAGAGCCAGCACAGUCAGCUCUAAGGGCCGUCCCGUAGGACACAGAUUCCAGCAACAUUAUGGCCGAGCAUAGCCACGUGCAGCAACAGCUGGAUUUACAGAAUGGCAGUCUAGAGGCAAGAUUUGCGGCGAAUCCCCUCGAGAACGAUUCCAAAAACAUGAUGGAGAACCUGAGCCCAAAGAAAUACGCUUCCAGCCUGAGAUUUAAAGCCAACGGAGACUAUUCUGGCUCCUACUUGACCCUCUCACAACCUGUGCCUGCGAAGAGAAGCCCUUCCCCUUUGGGAACCAGCGUCCGAAGUAGUCCCUCCUUGGCCAAAAUCCAGGGAAGCAAGCCAUUCUCUUGCGAUGGAACCGACAAGAGCAUUUCCAUGAAGCCCCCCGCCCCCUUACGCAGCACUUCCCCCUCCCUCGGUGGGUAUUCCCGUGGAAGGGCCGACUUUGAUCAUUUCACUGGCCGGGACGGUGAACGGUCCCUGAGGCUCUCGGAGAAGCCUCCCUAUUCCAAACACAGCUCGAGGAAUAAAUCCCACGACAACUUCUACUUUCUUGGAGGGCUGGAGAGCCGAAAGACGUCUGGCUCCCUGCUGGCCAUGUGGAACGGGAGCUCCCUGAGCGACACCGGCCCCUCUCCGGCCAGCAGAUCAGGGGCGGCCAGCAUGCCUUCGAGCCCAAAGCAAGCCAGAAAAAUGAGCAUCCAGGACAGCCUGAUGCUGCAGCCCAGGCUGGCGAGACCCAAGGAGGCGGCGUCGGAAAACAUCAGCUUAAGAACUAGGAAGUAUUCGGGCAGCAGCCUGAGUCACAUGGGAGCCUACAGCCGCUCGCUGCCCAGGCUGCACCGGGCCACGGAGAACCAGCUCACGCCUCUCAGCUUGCCUCCGAGAAACUCUCUGGGCAACUCCAAGCGAAGCAAGCUGGGGGGAAAGGAUCUACCUCAUAGCAUCAUAGACAACGACAAUUACCUGAAUUUUUCCUCUUUGAGCUCAGGCGCUUUACCCUGUAAAACCUCUGUGUCCGAGGGCACCCCUUAUGUCAGUUCCACCCUCAGUGUCCCCGGCAGUCCUCGCGUGGCUCGGAAGAUGCUCCUGGCCUCCACCUCCUCCUGUACCUCCGAUGACUUUGAUAAGGCGUCCUACUCGGGGACCGGCUCGGCUCACUCCUUUCCUCCCCUGGAGCCAGACAGAGCGUUUGCGGCCAGGAGGAAGUUCUCGUGUGGAUCUGUGGAGUUGGAUGAUGCCGAUUUGGAGAGCCUCAGACAGGCCUCAGGGACCCCCCAGCCCGUCCACCGGGAGCGGAAAAGCAGCAUCAGUUCCAUCUCAGGACGCGACGACCUGAUGGAUUACCACCGGCGGCAGAGGGAGGAGCGGCUCAGGGAGCAGGAGAUGGAGCGAUUGGAGAGACAACGUCUGGAGACGAUUCUCAGCCUUUGUGCUGAAUACACAAAGCCUGACAGCCGCGUGUCCACUGGCACCACCGUGGCAGAUGUGCAGAAAAUCAACAAGGAGCUCGAGAAGCUGCAAGUCUCUGAUGAGGAGUCUGUGUUUGAAGAAGCCCUGGUGAACCCCGAUGUCAGAUACAGGUGCCACCAGAAAGGCUCUGGCCAUGAUGUGGACUUGGCGGUCUUUGGGAGCCUCAGUCAGAACAGUGCCAGCUUCCUUUCCCCCAGGAGCGCCGUGAACGAGGACCUGCUCAGGGACCGCACCAGGACUCCCCCAACGGCCCCCUCUGCCUAUCUGAAAGCUUCCAGCGAGUCCACUUACCUAAGUAUCCUGCCAAAGACCCCAGAGGGUAUAAAUGAGGAACAGAGGAUUCAGGAGUUGGCUGCAAUGGAAGAGACCCGGAUAGCAAUUCUGAACAACCUCGAGGAACUUGAACAAAAAAUCAAAGAUAUAAAUGACCAGAUGGAUGAAUCUUCCAGAGAGUUGGAUAUGGAAUGUGCUCUUUUGGAUGGAGAGCAGAAAUCUGAAACAACUGAACUGCUUAAAGAGAAGGAGAUUCUGGAUCAUAUAAACCGGAAGAUAGCAGAACUGGAAAAGAACAUUGUUGGUGAAAAGACCAAGGAGAAGGUAAAGCUUGAUGCUGAAAGGGAAAAACUAGAGAGGCUUCAGGAGCUUUACUCCGAGCAGAAGACCCAGCUGGACACUUGUCCUGAGUCCAUGCGGGAACAGUUACAGCAGCAACUGAAGAGGGAUGCCGACCGGCUGGAUGUGGAGAGCAAACACUUUGAAGACCUAGAAUUCCAGCAGCUCGAGCACGAGAGCCGUCUAGAUGAGGAGAAGGAGAACCUCACCCAGCAGCUCUUGCGCGAAGUGGCUGAAUAUCAACGCAACAUUGUCACCAGAAAGGAAAAAAUUUCCGCGUUGAAAAAGCAAGCCUCUCACAUUGUCCAGCAGGCCCAGAGAGAACAAGACCACUUUGUGAAAGAAAAGAAUAACUUAAUAAUGAUGCUGCAGAGAGAAAAGGAAAAUCUUUGUAAUUUGGAAAAGAAAUACUCCAGCCUCUCUGGGGGGAAAGGGUUUCCUGUCAAUCCAAAUACUCUAAAAGAGGGCUAUAUCAGUGUAAAUGAAAUUAAUGAGCCAUGUGGCAAUUCCACGAAUCUAUCCCCUUCCACUCAGUUCCCUGCUGAUGCUGACGCUGUUGCCACUGGGCCUACCACAGCUGUCCUGGUGAGCCAGCCACAAAAUAAAGAGCAAAGAUCACCUGUCUGUCCUGGAUUUAUGUUUCCUUCUACUCUUUCUCAUCCUGUCACUCAACCUCCAUCAGCCCCCUGGCCUGAAGUCAUGGCUCCGUCUGUCGGUCCCUUCCCUUUAAAUGACACACCUCCUCCACUACCAGCUAAGAAACACAGAAGGCAGCAGCCGCAGGAGCAGCAGCACUUUAGAAGUCUGGAAGAAAGGAAAAAACAGCAUAAAGAAGGCCUCUAUCUGAGUGACACUUUGCCUCGAAAGAAAAGUACUCCUUCCAUAUCCCCACAUUUCAGCAGUGCUACUAUGGGGAGAAGCACCGCCCCGAAGGCUCACUUGCCCCUGGGACAGAGCAACAGCUGUGGCAGUGUGCUUCCUCACUCGCUGGCGACCAUGACCAAAGACUCAGAAUCUCGGAGGAUGCUCAGAGGGUAUAAUCACCAACAGAUGAGUGAAGGACAAAGGCAGAAAUCUUCUGAAUUUUACAACCGCACAGCAUCUGAAUCAAAUGUCUACUUGAACAGUUUCCACUACCCAGAUCACGGCUACAAGGACCAGGCCUUUGAUACUUUGAGCCUAGACAGCUCUGAUAGCAUGGAGACCAGCAUCUCUGCUUGCUCACCUGACAAUAUUUCUAGCGCCAGCACUUCAAAUAUUGCCAGAAUAGAAGAAAUGGAGAGACUGUUGAAGCAGGCUCAUGCAGAGAAGACGCGGCUGCUGGAGUCCAGGGAACGGGAAAUGGAAGCCAAAAAACGAGCUCUGGAAGAAGAGAAACGACGCCGAGAACUCCUGGAAAAGCGAUUGCAGGAAGAAACUAGCCAGAGGCAGAAGUUAAUUGAAAAGGAAGUGAAAAUAAGGGAGAAACAAAGGGCACAGGCUCGUCCUUUGACACGCUACCUGCCCGUCCGGAAGGAAGAUUUUGAUUUGCGGAGCCACGUGGAGACUGCGGGCCACAAUAUCGAUACCUGUUAUCACGUAUCCAUCACAGAGAAGACCUGUCGGGGAUUCCUCAUCAAAAUGGGCGGAAAAAUUAAAACUUGGAAAAAACGUUGGUUUGUUUUUGAUCGGAACAAGCGCACAUUCUCUUAUUAUGCAGAUAAGCAUGAAACUAAAUUAAAAGGAGUAAUAUACUUUCAAGCCAUUGAAGAAGUAUACUAUGAUCACCUCAAGAAUGCUAAUAAGAGUCCUAAUCCAUUACUCACCUUUAGUGUCAAGACACAUGACAGAAUCUACUAUAUGGUGGCCCCAUCACCGGAAGCCAUGCGGAUCUGGAUGGAUGUUAUAGUUACUGGGGCAGAAGGUUACACUCACUUCAUGUUGUAGUGAACUGGAGCAACAGUCCACUUCAGGGCAGACUGCAAUAAUCUUACAAGAAUGAAGCCAUAUUCUCUCCCAGAUGUAAAGACCCAACUGUGUAUACUCAGAACUCCAUUCGUAGUAAGAGGAAGUCAUUUGUAAAUGAGAAAGAAGUUUUAAUCCAAAGCUUGAUCAGAAAUGGCAAAAGAAUGCAAGCACCUAUGAGAAAGGAAACACUAUUUUUGGUAAAUAGCAUUACUUAUAGGAGCAUUUCUAAUAAAGUAUUUUUUAUCAAUUGUUGAUUUUGGUGAACUAAACAGUUUACAAAAUGUACAUACUUGGAAAUAUGAAAUUAUUUUAGCACCCACCCAAAUCAUUGGCAUUGACAUGAUUGUAAUCAACUGGCUUUUUAAAAAUAGGAGCAUUUUGCUGAAGGGUAGUAUAAAUAUAAGCAAACAGGGCCUUGGAGCAGAAUAUAUUACGGGAGGAACUCUUGCCCUGAUUUUUAAGUACUUCACCAAAACCAAAGACUUGAUGUGACUUCUUUUUAAUAGUAGUAGUUUCAGGUGAUGAACUGCAUUUAGCAUUACUCUACACUUUAAAGUGAUAUUCUGAUGCCAUCAAGUGCCCAGGAAGUUGACUUUGAAGAGUCGCCACCAGCGUAAGCUACUGUACGUGUAUAGCAAACCACUUUUUGUAAAAGAAGAACCAAAAGUUGUGUAUUUUAGAAAGAAGCAGUCUUAGACAGACAUUCUGUCACAUUGGGCAAUUUAAAAAUAAAGAGAAUAUUUGGUGUUAGGAGCUUGUUUCCCUGAAGAUUUCUCCAUUCCCAGUGCUGAAAAUAAGGGUAACCAGUAGCCAAUUUCCUUAGACUGUCUGAUUUUCCCUCGUUGUGGAGCACACCUGUUAAUUGCAGCCUCACAUGACAUAACUAUGAAACUAGAGCUGUUUUUUUUACCAAA